UAGAAAAUUAAAAAUAUUUUUGGAUGCCAUAUUUGACUUUGGUUUCUUGCAAGGCACACAUACACGUAUAAUAAUAAGCUUAUAGUCUUUGAGCGAUUUCUCCCACCAAUUCAAGAAACUAAAAAUGUCAAGUUCUAGUGACCAAAAACUUGGUCACAUAGCUCUCCUCCCAAGUUCAGGCAUGGGUCAUCUUACACCCUUCUUUAGACUUGCUGCUUUACUCUCAAGCAACAACGUCAAGAUAACCUUCAUAACCCCAAAUUCAACGGUUUCUAUGGCCGAAUCACAAACCCUAACUCAUUUCUUUGCUUCUUUGCCUCAUAUCAAUCAAAAGCAAUUUCAUCUCCUUCCUCUUGAAAAGACUCCGAACAACACGAAAGACCCUUUCUAUUGCCAUAUGGACUGUAUUCGUCAAUCAGCUCACUUUCUUUCUCCUACACUCGCUUCGCUAUCCCCUCCUCUCUCUGCGGUUAUCACUGACAUGAGCUUGGCUGCUGCUUUUAUUCCAAUCACUCAAGCUCUUAAUCUUCCCAAUUAUGUUCUUUUCACAUCUUCUGCUAAAAUGUUAACACUUUUUUUAUCCUACCAUACUAUGAUCAGUUCGAAAACCGUAACCGAUUUGAAUGAAUUCCAUAUGUUCAAGAUUCCAGGCCUAGAAGAAGCAAUACCCAGAUCAUGGAUUCCCCCACCACUUUUAGAAAACACAAAUAAUUCCUUUAAGACUUACUUCGUGGAGAAUGGAAAGAAAAUGGUAGAGUCAAGUGGGAUUCUAGUAAACACAUUCGACAGUAUUGAGCAAGAAGCAAUCAGAAAGCUAAAUGAUAAAGUAGAAAGGCUACCACCUGUUGUCGCAAUUGGACCACUUGCAGCAUGUGAAUUUGAAAAGGGCAAACUCUUAGCGUGGCUUGAUGGCCAACCAGAUAGGUCAGUGAUGUAUGUUAGCUUUGGUAGUAGGACUGCUAUGUCAAGAGAGCAAAUAAGAGAAUUGAGUGAAGGAUUGGUGGAAAGUGGUGCUAGAUUUCUAUGGAUUGUGAAGGAUAAGAAAGUUGAUUUAGAAGAUGGAGAAGACUUGAAUAAAGUGAUUGGAAGUUGGUUAACGGAUAGAUUGAAAGAAAAGGGAUUGGUGGUUAAAGCUUGGCUAAAACAAGAAGAUAUACUAAGGCAUCCAGCAGUUGGUGGUUUCAUGAGUCACUGUGGCUGGAAUUCAGUGACAGAAGCUGUAAGGCAUGGUGUGCCUAUAUUAGCUUGGCCUCAACAUGGAGACCAGAAGAUCAACGCCAGCAUCGUAGAGAGGAUUGGUUUAGGGAAUUGGGUGAAGAGUUGGGGUUGGGGUGGAGAGAUUAUAGUGGAUGGGACAGAAAUUGCAGAAAAGGUUAAGGAGGUCAUGGAGAGUGAAGUGCUGAGAGCUCAGGCAAUGAAUAUCAGAGAAGAGGCUAAGAGAGCUGUGGCAGUUGGUGGUAGCUCAUCCAACAGGCUGAUAGAACUCAUGCAAACAUGGAAGAAGCUUUGAAAUUACAUGAAUUUUUUUCAUAUAAUAUAUUUGUCCCGAGAAAAUUGUUCAAUUGACUACAAUGUGUGUUUGUGUUUGUGCCAAGUAAAAGAAGCACAUCUCUUAGUUGAGACUUGAGAAUAUUAAAUGAGCAUUGCUCUGCCUAGUUUAUGGACUAAGCUAUACAGUCUGUUUAAAUAACUACAAACAUGUAAUACAAACAGUUGAAGAUUGAGGAGCACACAGAGGAAAUUGAAGAGGAAAACAACAGAUUCAUAUGAAGUCAUGAUCUCAUAGCAGAAAACAACAAAUUUCUGUCAUUUCUUCAGAUUUUUUGGAACAAAAUAGAGCAAACAGAGGAUUUUGAAUUCAUUAAGUCGAUAUUUUUCUA